AUGGAAUCUUCUCAUCAAAAACCCACAUCGACUUGUCCCCCACUAGUCAAUACUGACGAAGAAAGGAGUCCAUCACGAGAGAUUAGCACCUUACAAUUUUGGAUAAAAGAUAAGCUCGACAAAAUUCCUCCCAAAUACAGUGAAUACGAUGAAGGCAUGAGGGUCAUCAAAGAUGCUAUCCAACAAGAGUUUGCUCCUCGACAUCAGGGUAUUGUAAUGCUGGCCUUAUCAAAGGAAUUCUACACAAUGGGUGUAAGCACUACAGACACUGGAGCCGAAAUAUGGUCCCGCUGGCGAUACAAAUCUCAAAAUCAAAUACCAGAAGAAAGCAGCAUAACGGGGAACAACCUUUCUAAAGUUUCACUCGCAGCUCAAGAAAUGCCAGAAGAUGAAAAUUCUGAGUCUAACCCCGAAGGAGUUUCUCAGAUUCUGCUAAAUAGUGACCCAAAUCACUGGGGGGGCCUUGUAACCCCAGCUUGGCCCCAGAGUCAUGCGAGAGCAAAGGUGGUAUAUAUCCGAUCAAAGUCUCCUAAAUCCACAAUUGAAUCUGGGGAUGAAGUUCCCAGUGAUUCAAGACUUAUUGAACAUAAGAAUGGAUCAAAGAGCCUCUCGAUAAACAGUUCAGGAUCCCUGCGUGCAUCAUCAAUUGAUAAUUUCCAUAGGGAAGGAAGUUCUUUUGAGAAUAAUACCACUCUUAUGAGACCUUAUGGAGACGUUGAGAGUAUCAUGGCCACAAAAAACUAUGAAACCAAGCCUACUACUGCUGGUUUUAAGAAGGUUAUGACCUCUUCUAAGGAUAUUUCCCCUCUGGGUGUCACACAGCCUGACAGCAAUGGAUCUUCGCUAAGACCUUUUCUCCCAAGAGAUACUACAAUUUCACGAAGUUUUGACAGCUCUCCAGGCGAUGUUGAUCCCGCUUCUGCUUGUGAGAUGUCCCGAGAGGCUAUCACGUCUCUUCGAACUUACCAGAGUUUGAGACUUAUAGUAGUACUCAUAAGUACACCGAAAAUAACUGGCCUAUCCAAGAGGCGUUCUAAACGGGCAGCUUCACCUUCCUCAGUAUAUUCAUUUAACUCCGACAGUCCCUAUAACGACCCAGAUAUCAGCAAUGAUAUGCGAUUUAAAGGUGCUCUACCAAAAGCCCAGCGUGACUAUGACGCAGCUUGGCAGAAUAAACACAUUGGUGAGGUGAGGAAAAGUUUUCAAACAAGGCAGAGUCACUAUGGUGAAAACUCAUACAAGUUCAAAUCGAGGAGCGAAAUCGGAGAAGUUCCUGCGGAUCAAGGAGCUAUAACAAAAUUUUCCAACCCCACUCAGCCUAGUUUUAUGGUUACAAAAGAGGUCAUCCAAGAAGAGGAGAUAGACAUUCUUGGCAAAUUUAAUCGUCCCACAUUUGCUGCGCACAUACCCGUUUUUGGGAAAGAUUCAACGGAUGAAAUUCAGAAGGUCCACGCCAAAGGUGACAGCAGACCCGCAUUUCUGAAGUCGUUCCGUGGAGCUGUCCACGACGGUAUCAAUAUGACAUGGAAGGGCCCCAUAAAAUCACAACAGUAUAAUUCAAAGUCUUCCUCUAAGUUUAGAACAAGACCGAUCGAAAAGAAUUCUAUCUCGGGGCCAAUGCAUGAUGGAAACCCACUUCAGCAAUCUGGUAGCAGGUCCACACCGGAUAUUUUGAACACUGCCCGUCCUAUUCCUGGGGCCGGACAAAUUUACAGUAGCCCUUUUCAAAGUAUUGGUGAAGCCUCUAAUGUCUCGUUGCUUCAACGCCCUGUAGGCGAAGAUGUCACAGAUUCCGGACGUUUACUCUGGGAAUAUGAUGGUUCAGCAGAGGACCCAAACGAAAACGACAAUACGAACCAAGUGAGACUAUACGACCCAGAGUCUAAACUGGGGAAGGCGAUGCUAGAUCCCGAAAAUCCUACAAUCUCCAUCGGUCCGUUUCAACAAGCUGCCUUGUACUCCUGGGUUGAAUGCUCGGUUGUUCAGGCUUGUAGUGACUUCCUCGGGAAACAGCAAACGUCGUUAAGAGUAAGCCUCUUGAAGAAAGAGGUCAAAAAAUGGAGGCGUAACGAGGUUAAACUUACAGACGGCGUUACUAAAAAGAGGGAUAGACCCAUUGGGUUCAUGUUCGGCAUGGAAGUCCAAUGCCGACUCCUCGAAGGAAAUUAUAAAACACUUGUUUUCUCCGGACCAUCGAAAAUGAACCCACUGCCAACAAUCACGUCCUGGAAACAAAUGAUUCCAUCCUUUUCGCCGCGUAGUUUCUGCAUCCCUGACUAUGUGAUUCUUGAGCAUCUUCGUAUGGCUGAAAGAAUACUGUGUCUCUUUGGGCCAGGAUAUUGGGACAAGACACUUUUUGAGAAGAAGCGCUCAGAUGCUGUGGAAUGCAUAAUGAACGCUGGAAAGACACAGGCGGAGAGGAAUGCGGAAGAGAAGAUGGCAAAGCUACGGAGAAAGAGGGUAGAGGCCGAAGAGGAGUUAUUGACAGAGGUGGGCAUGUUGUCGACUGCGAGAACAUCGUUUGAGGGAGCCGAAAUUUAG